GAAAAUCUCAGGUUCAGUGUGUGCGCGAAUCAGUUUCUGACUUUACGCAAAGUUGCCCUUGCAAAACGCUAAUCAGCAUGAAGAGAAUCGCGUUUCUCGUUUUCGUCUUCGCUGCUUCCGCAAUUGCCGAAGAUGCAAAGGAAUUAAAAGAAAUGGCAGAAAAUUUCGAGUCUGACGUGCAAACUGUGCAGUUGUGCCUAGACGAAGCGGAAACUACAGAAUCGGAAAUGAAGGCUAUAAAAGAGAAGAUCGACAAAUUGGACACACUGGAUGAUAACAUUGACGAUGAAACUAAGAAAUCUUUGGAAAAGACCAAUAGAUUCAUAGCCUGCAUGUUGGAGAAGAAAGAAAUGAUGGUAGACUCGAAAUUGAAUGUGGAUAAAAUACUGGAAGCUAUAGAGAAGGAUAGUAAAUACCACGUUAAGCAGGACGAAGUAAAGGAAUGCCUGAAUACACUAAACAAUGACAAAGAACUGGAUCGGGAAAUGAGGGCGAUGGGGAUGAUGAUAUGCUUAAUAAAAAACGAGAAAGACGAAGAUGAGAAGAAGUAAAGAGAAGUGUCGAUACGACGUUGCAUCUAUCUGGACCGGAAAUCGCGUGGGGCAAUGGGCAUCAAAGUAACAGGCACAAAUUUCCAUUAUCGGGGUUUAAGAUGUCGUUCUUUUAGAUUCGCAAUAAACGUACAAAUAUCAGACACAGCAAUUGAAUUAAUCGAUAACUUGUUUAAUAUGUGAAUGUGUCAAUGUGCGCUAAACUAUUUGUUAUAUAUAUAUAUAUAUAUAUAUAACAUACACACACACACACACACACAUAUAUAUAUACACACACAUACCAUAUACCCGCCAUAUACCCAUUAAUGUUUAAAUCAAAGUCGCAAUAAAUCGCAGAAUUUAUCGCCA